UUCGUCUGUUCAUUUUGUUUUUCAGUCUGUCAACCGUGAGAUUAAUCGAAUGGUCCACAUCCAGUGCUGUAUGAUGAAGGAGAUGCAGGAUUGUAACAGAGGAUCUGCAAUCCGCAUCCAUCACUCUCACGAGAAUGAAAUCAGAUCCUUAACCUCUUCAUUCACUCUCCCAACUUGUCGUUAAUUCCUCCCUCUUCACUCCUCGUAUCGUGUCUCUCUCUCUUUUACACUUCAAAAUCAAACAUAUAACUAUGGACUUGUCGUUUAUGUCCAAAGAUCAACAUCAACUAAUGGCGACACUUGUUCAAUUCCUGAGGUUGUCUUGGAUCGCUGCUACAUUGCCUAUUAUCAUCGCUUCCAUUCCCAUUCCCAAACUCAACUUCCUCCGCCAAAUCUUGCUACUGUUCGCAAAAAGGGGAAAAAUCACGCACUCCUCUUCUUCUUCUUCUCAAAAGUUUACUGUUCCUCAGAGAUUCUUUUUGCAUUUCUAUGUUGUGGCUUCAAUAUGGACAAUGUUUAUGCUUGUUGCGACUUGGGUGUAUGCUUAUAGAAUGGUGCCGCUAGUUGUGGAGCCAUUGUCUUAUCCUACUUUAACUAGUUUUUUGACUGGUGGAUUAACUAUUAGAACUGGUUCUGCUGAUUUGCAGCGUGGUUAUGUUGCAUGGCAAGGUGUUUUUCUGCUUUUGUUGAUGGAGGCUCAUGUUCUCAGACGCCUUUUUGAAACUAUAUAUGUGUUUAAUUAUAGUCCUUCUGCUCGGAUGCAUAUCGUUGGCUAUUUCACUGGACUGUUUUUCUACAUAGCAGCACCAUUAUCGCUGUGUGGUGAUUGUGCAUUGGAAGUUUUUUACUUCUCAACAAAUCUAGUGACUGAGUUCAUUGUUAGAGGCAAGAAUCAGAUGCCAGUACCAGAGAUAGACUUUUGGCUAGUUUUAAAUCCCCUGGCCAGGCUUGGGUGGAAGCAUUGGAUUGGUGCAGCUGUUUUCUCGUGGGGAUGGAUUCACCAAUAUCGGUGCCAUAAGAUUCUCGGUUCUCUGCGUGAUUCAAGACAGGCCGAAGAAUAUGUAAUUCCUCGCGGUGAUUGGUUUGAAAUUGUUUCCUCUCCGCACUAUCUCUCUGAAAUUGUAAUCUACGCCAGUUUUGUGGUUGCUACUGGUGGAUCCAAUCUAACAAUCUGGCUACUUUUUGCUUUUGUGGUGGCAAAUCUGGCAUUUGCAGCAGUAGAAACACAUAGCUGGUAUCGUCGUAAAUUUGAAGAUUAUCCAAGCCGUCGGUUUGCGAUUAUUCCAUUUAUUCUCUGAGAUUGUGAGGCAAAGUGUAACUAUCUAAAAAUAUGACAGUAAAUAUCUAUAUCUUCUCAAGAUGUACAUAUUUAGGUGAAACUGUUUUUAUUUAUUUAUGAAAAAAAGCUUAGUAUUAACUAAUUUAUCAUAUGAGAAGAGUCCAUUAGUUACAUUCAAGAUGUUUCAAUUGUUAGUUUGAGUUCUUGAAUGGUUAUACAUGCACUUAGUCUCUGGAGAAUGUUGUAAAUUGUACUAAUAAGUCGUUUGCUUA